CAUCGCAGGGGGUAAGUUCGCUUCUGUUCGCUUCGAAGACCGCAGGCAGCACCGCGUAAAAAGAAAAAAAAACGCGGUUUGAAGUUUCUGGCUUCUGGUUUUUGGGAAUGCUUCUCCAGUCUGCCAGUAAAGAGCAGAGAGUGACAGUCCUUUCUGUCCACCCACAUCUGAAGACAUGUUGUACUGGACUCUGCCAGACUGGAAAGUGCUGCUGCUGAUUGUUCUGCUGUGGGACGGAGUCUGGGCUGAGGGACUGAAACCCACGAGAUGGCCGCUGUAUUCCCAAAAGCCUCUGCUCCUCGCAUGGAAUGCCCCGACUGAGGACUGUGCCCCGCGGCAUGGCAUUCGUUUUCAGCUGGACCAGUUCCAGAUCGUGGCCUCACCCAAUGAGGGCUUUGUUAAACAGAAUCUGACCAUUUUCUACAAAGAUCGCUUGGGCUUGUACCCCUACUUUGAAUCAGAUGAAACGGCAGUGAACGGAGGGCUGCCUCAGGUGGUGAGUCUCACGCAGCACCUUGACAAAAUGCCAGAAGGCGUUCGGAAGUAUAUACGUGAAGAAAGGGCCACAGGUUUAGCAGUUAUUGACUGGGAGGAGUGGCGUCCCCUCUGGAUACGUAACUGGGAAAACAAAGACAUUUAUCGCAGGCAUUCUCGUGAGUUGGUGCGGCAGAAGAACCCAACCUGGUCUGACAUACAGGUGGCCAAAGUGGCCCAGCAGGAGUUUGAGAUGUCUGCCAGGAAGUUCAUGCUGGAGACGCUGAAGCACGCUAAAAACCUGAGGCCCAACCAGCUGUGGGGGUUCUACCUGUUCCCUGACUGCUACAACCACGACUACAGGCACACUCUGGAGAGCUACACGGGCCGCUGUCCGGACGUGGAGGUGGCCCGCAACGAGCAGCUGAGGUGGCUGUGGACCGAGAGCACGGCCCUCUACCCCUCCAUCUACAUGAGCACGGUGCUGCGUUCCUCAGCUUCCGGACGCCAGUUUGUACGGAACCGAGUGAAGGAGGGGAUGCGUUUGGCUUCAUCAGGCACAGGGUUGGCGCGUCCGGUCUUUGUGUACACCCGACCCACCUACGCCAAUUCCCUGGAACAGCUGACAGAGACUGACCUUGUUUCCACCAUCGGGGAGAGUGUGGCAUUGGGAGCCGCUGGAAUUAUCCUGUGGGGAGAUGCAGCUUAUGCAAGCAGCAGGACGAGCUGCUCCGACCUGGAUGCAUAUCUCCGGGGCACGCUGAGCCAAUACCUCCUCAACGUCUCCACGGCAGCAGAGCUAUGCAGCCAGACCCUGUGCGGUUCUCACGGCCGCUGUCUGCGCAAAAAAUCAGACAGUGACGUUUACUUGCAUCUGAACCCCCUCUCCCACAGCAUCGUCGGGGAUAGCGGCAAGCCGACCGUCACCGGGGAGCUUAGCGACGCAGACAAGAUGAUGUUUCAAGAAGAGUUUCAGUGCCAGUACUACAGCGGCUUUGAGGGAGGGGGCCACAAUCGGACAGACCCUGAGCACCAAAGAGGGACGGCAGCACGAGCCACAGCAUCACAGUGUGCGAUGUUACUGAUAGUCUUUCUGCUCCUCUGUUAAUGCAACAAACACACACACAGUAGCGGCAAAUACUGGAGCACAAGAGAUGAGGAGUUCAAUGGAGAGAGGAGUGUCUUUUUUUUUCUUCUGUUGCUGUAAAAUAUGGAUGACACAAAGUGAAAUUUUUAUAAGAAACACUGUGGAAAUUGCAACGUAAUAUUUGUUUAUAACUUUUAAUCCUUUUUUAAUCAGUGGAGGGCUAGCUGGAAAUGACCUUGUUUACAUUUUGCUCUCAGUUUCCUCUCAGUCACUGUUUCCCAAGGUGUCAAAUUCCAUGUUUCUCAUAGUGAGGAUGCUUCUGUGGUAAAUGUGGUGAAUGAGUCGAUGUAUGUUGUAGCGAAAGUGGCAGAAGUGGAAAUGAUGCACUUAAAUCUGCUAAUAGCACAAUAUAUUUGAAGUGCCUGAUCUUUUUCAACAUGACCUCUCUCUCUGACAUCUGAUAGUUUUAUGGAGGCAAUUGCAGUAUUACUAUUUAUUUGAAUGUAUUUUUUAGGUGUUUUAUAUGACAUUUUCUUAUUUUUAUGUCCAAAACAUGACUACUAGUUUUCUCUUUGAACACUAUGUUUCUCCCAUUUAAGCUGUAUAUUUCAGCAGCUGUUUGAUCUUCACAGUAUAAAAAUUAAAUUUUGGACUCUAUAUGUUCAGCAAUUUCACUGACGUUAAUGCCUCUCGUAUGCAAACGUUUGCUGUUUUCUCAAAGUUGACAGUAAAUAAACUCCUUUGUUGA